AUGGCCAGCUCAAGUCAUAGCUGGACGGAGGCGCUAGCAGCACACCCUGUCUUCGAUCCAGUCACCAGCACCGUGAGCUCCGCGCAAGCCGACGUUCCCAUAGAACUAGCGACUCCACGCUCGUCAGCAAAGUCCCCAUUUCCUGCCAGUCCUGGUCUGAGUCCGAUCGGUUCACCGUCUGGCUCUGGCUCCGGUCUCCCGUCAUGGACACGCUCAGCAAGUCAUAGAGGCCCCUCCCAGGCAGCAGCAGUGACGCCGGACGCGAGCAGGCAAGGCCAUCGACAGAGGAUGGCCAUCAUCAGAGACUCGGAGCUUCUCGUGGCAGUAGGCAAUCAGCUCCGGCUGACCAGUCUCAGCGAGAUCAAAUCGCACGCGUCCUCGUCCAGACCGCCCUCCCCUUGCAAAAGAUCGUCGUACAAGACACUGACGAGCGACCUGCUGACCUUUGAAAUCGACGUUCUUGUGCCCAGUCCCAACGGUCGACUGCUCGCCGUCGUGGGCGAGAGCCAACUCGUCGUGCUCGUCCUCCCUCGCCUCGGCUGGGCUUCACGGGUGUCCGCGGACAUACCCUGUCGUGCAGUGCCAGUGGGAGCCUAUCAUCAUGGUCCGCAAGGCUCUGCGCGCAUUGCGAGAGCUAUCUGGCACCCCUGGGGCGACAAUCAGUCGACAAUGCUCGUACUCACUGCAGACGCUAUUCUGCGAGAAUAUGAUCUCUCUCGGGACCAUCAGGACCCCGUACAGACGCUCGAUUUCUCAUCAGCGACCCUGACGCCAUCGAAGAACCGUCGUGGACGGCCAGACGGGCGAUUCUCUGGCGAGGAGCCGGAAGCCUACAUUGCUGUCUCUCUCGCCCUGGGCGCACAUGAUGCGCAGGACUGGUCACCUCUAACACUUUACUGCCUGAUGCAGAACGGGGACAUCUAUGCUGUAGCCCCCUAUCUGCCACAGCGAGCUCAAAUACCGCUCCGCUACCUCGCAGAUCUCAGUGCGCACGUCACCGCUCAGAUGAGGACCGCGGAAACGCCACAGAAGCGGGCCACGAUGCAAGCUCAGUCCAGCUAUGUACGUUCGCUUGAGAAGCAAUCUCAAGCUACCUCUGUCUCGACGCUGAGUUCUACUCGGGAUGAGCCAACGGUCCAGCUUCAUCCGCCAGAAGAUCUGCCGAGACGCCACAUGACUCGACAGGGACCGUUCCUGCUGCAGCCAGAGCCCCUCGAGCUCUCGGUGCAUUCUGAAGACUCUUCGAUAGAUUGUUUUGCGUGCGACUUUCUGUUUGCCCGCCAUUCGCUUGCAGCGCCCAAACAGACAGCGCAUCCGGUCUCGCUCGGAGUCUUUGUCAUCGUCUUCACCGAUGGUAAGAUUGACGUUUGCAUCGAGACCGAACCCAUACAGGCGAGUUGGAGCAUCCCACAGGACACCGAUCUGCCAGCUCUGACAGUGUACGAGACCAUCAAAGUCGAGACCGUGCCGGUAAAGGGCAACCACUCGAUCGCGAGUCUUACUCGUGAUCCACUUUAUGACGACACCAUCUACGUGCAACAUUCGUUGGGCGCUCAUUGCUUGGUCCUCGGCACGUGGAUCCGGCCGCUCAUGCUCGCAAUGGCCGGUGAAGCUUCGGAAGUAGCAAAGACAAUCAGGCAAGACACACCGACCGAUGUCGUCUGUAUCUUGCGCACAUCGGCGAGCAGCGCCCAUGAGAUGGAACUCGACGCACUCUUGCUAAUCAACGAUGUCUAUCUGGGCUACAGCCUGCUCAUGAUGACGCGUGCAUUACAAUGCGUUGCACUCGAGCUCUCAAUCCGAUUGGCUGCAGAGAUGGGCUAUGCAGAUGAGUUGCCGCCGCUGACAGACGGUACUCACGAGCCUGGCGCCUAUAUCUCCCUCGUCGCGAAACCGACCUUCAGGCCGCCCGAGCUGCUCAGUGCUGCUCGUGGUCUACCAAGCUCGACACGUAUGAUCGUUCCACCCAGUCAGAAAGGCAGGGAUCUUCAGAUCACACCAGAAACGCUACAAUUCCUUGGCAAGGCGGUCGAGCAACUACGACGGGAGAUCCGAGACCUCGUCGCAGCCGCCAAUGUCGUGCAAGCUCGUCUGGAGUUGCAGAUGCGCGAGCUGUCCCGACAACUGUCCAAGCUUGAGCAAGCAAGACAGCGAAUGCUCCCUAGCACGACACGAUCUGCCAAUGCUGAGGAGAGGUUGUCUCGGUGCGCCAAAGUACAAGCAGACAUAAUGGAGCGCGCCGAUCGCAUGCUCCAGCGGCUGAUGGAUCACCAUCAGCCAAUGAUCUCGACGUACGAGCGACAGUGGUUUCAGGAGCUUGAUCGGCUCGAGCGCGAGAUCUCGAUCGAUGGUACAGGCUCUGGUCGCUCUCUUGUUGACCGUGUCGCCAAGCUUGAAACCCAAGUCGCAGUCGUGCGAUCCCAGCUCACCCAUGUCGACGGCAGACAAAAGCAGAGCGAGUAUCUCGCCGAAGAUCAGAAGCGCGAGAUCUACAGCCAGCUUGCAACGAACAGUGAAAUACUCGACCAGGUACAGCUCAAAGCGAGCAAGCUCGCUGACUCAGAGUGCGCGCACAUCCAUCUCAUGGUAACUCGUCCACACGCUCUCACGCUGCCUGAUCUGCAGCAAGAGGACUUGGUCGUCGUAUCGCUCUGCCUCCUUGCCUUUGUCAUCUUGCUCUGGCGACGGUCGACAGCUCCGCGCACCACUCCAGCGGCAGAUACCAUAGACGGGCACGAUGCGAUCGUCCGACAGCUCUACAAUGACAGAGUCACCAUCGCGCGCCUUCGAGUCUAUCCCAUCAAGAGCUGCCGUGGCUUUGACGUCGAACGCGAGUGGCCAUUCACGGAGCAAGGCCUCGAGUAUGAUCGCAAUUGGAUGAUUGUCGAUCUGGAGAAGAAUAAGCAGCUAUCAGCAAGGGACGACCGCGGCAUCAAGCUUGUUCGUGUCAUGCCGCUGAUCGUACCAGAUGCACAAUCGCCGUUCGGUGGAGAAUUGAAGAUCACCUUUCUUGACGCAGCAGAUGCAGAGUCAUUCAGUGUACCUUUGCGACCAACCGACGAGACCUUAGCUCAGUGGAAUAUAUUGGAAGGCUUCGAUCUCUGGGGCGACAGCUGCGAGGGCGUGAUUGUCCAGAGCUUAGCUCAGAUGACCGAUCUAAACGCGAAGUCGCCGUCGGAGCUGCUAUCUGCGUUCGUCGGCAGGCCGGUCAAAUUAGUCAUGAAGACUGCAAAAUUGCGUCGUAUGGCUGCUGACAUUCCACUGGACCCGAACAGUCUGGAAUAUCCAGGCGGAGGCGUUGUGCGCUACCCAGACUUCGCUCCAUUCUUGAUAUGCUCGACCGCUUCUAUUGCCGAUUCGGAAGCCCAUGUGCACGCGCAUGCCGCCAAGGGCAGCGAGUGGGCCGCCCCUCAAUCUAAGAGACUCCUUGUCGAGCGCUUUCGUCCCAACGUCAUCGUACAAGGUGUCUCUGUACCGUGGGGAGAAGAUCACUGGCUCGAAUCGACCAUAGGCGAUCAAGGCCGGUUCUAUACGCCAUUGCGAUGUCCGCGAUGCAUGUUUCCCAAUGUCGACGUCGAAUCGGGCAUCCGUGAUAAACAGAUGCCCAACAACGCGAUGAGGAAAUAUCGCAUCGUUGAGGCAGCCAGCAAAGGGACCUAUUGCUUCGGGAUGUACAUGAUUCCUGCCCGCGCUGCAGGCAUACUGAGGUUGGGAGACGAAGUCAAGGUUACACGAGCGAAAUGGAAUCCGGAAUAUCAGAAAGAGUAG